GAUAAAAAAGAGAUUCCCAUUUGUCUUUUAUUAUAUUGCAUGUGUUUUUUCUGCAACUUGAAUUUUUUCCUUUUCCCUUUCCUUUGUAACUCUUUAUUUUUAAUUUUCUCCUCCAUGAGUCUUAUUUAAUAUUUAAUAAUAUAUAUUACAUAUAAAUAUACAUUCCUAUAUAAUUACGUGAACAAGCCUUGCUGGUUCUCCUAUCUUUCUCUCUUUCACAUUUUAUCUUCUCUUUUUCCCAUUUUCUGUUGACUACCCCCAUUUGCCUUUCCUUAACCCAGCUUUUCAAUUUUCUUCUCUGUUUUUUUUCUCAUCAUGGAAGAGGCAAAGGUGUUGGAAGCUAAAGAAGGAACCAUUUCCGUUGCCUCUGCUUUUCCUGGUCAUCAAGAAGCUGUACAGGAUAGAGAUCACAAAUUCUUAACACAAGCAAUUGGAGAAGCAUAUAAAGGGGUUGAAUGUAAGGAUGGAGGGCCGUUUGGUGCAGUUGUCGUUCGCAAUGACGAAGUCGUUGUGAGUUGUCACAACAUGGUUUUGAGAAACACUGACCCUACUGCACAUGCAGAGGUUACUGCUAUUAGAGAGGCAUGCAAGAAGCUGAAUCAAAUUGAGCUCUCGGACUGUGAAAUAUAUGCUUCAUGCGAGCCUUGCCCAAUGUGCUUCGGUGCUAUCCAUCUGUCGAGAAUCAAGAGGCUGGUUUAUGGAGCGAAAGCAGAGGCAGCCAUAGCAAUAGGAUUUGAUGAUUUCAUUGCGGAUGCAUUGAGAGGUACUGGGUUUUACCAGAAGGCUAACCUGGAGAUCAAGCAAGCCGAUGGAACAGGUGCUGUCAUUGCAGAACAAGUAUUUGAGAAGACCAAGGAAAAGUUCACCUUGUAUUAAUUUCUUUUUCAUUACUAGAAACACAGUUUGAAAUUUAUGUUAAAACUGCCCCCUCUUUGAAGUUAUCAAUAAUAAGCAACGCAUUGUUUGAUUUCAUAAAAUAAAAAAACCCUAUAAGUAUAAUGAUUAAGAUACGAGAC